AUGGACACUCGCAACACCGCCAGCGGCUCAAACAGCAGCAGCAGCAGCAGCAGAGCAUAUUUCGAACAGCAGCGAGAAGUCCUCAUCGGGGACAUUGCCGAAAGCUUCGAACAAGUCCUCUCCAGCAUAAACAAACUGAACCGAUCGCUCGAAGCAGUCAUUGCUGUCGGCAAUGAAUUUUCCUCCGUAGAAGCCCUCUGGUCACAAUUCGAAAACGUCAUGGCCAAGGACGAAGACGGCAACAAAGCAGCAGCAGAGCACCAAGGCGACGAAACACAAGCCGAAGAA